AUGGAACAAGUUUAAUUCAACAGCAUUCAGCCCAGAACUAGAGAGGAAAGAGCUGCAAUGAAAGAUAAGGAACAGAUUGAGGUUAAGCGUUUGAAGGAGAGAGUAGGUGGAUUCCACAAGUAUGUAGAUGCAGCUAAUUUAAAUAAACCUGAUCCCACCUCGACAUUUUUCGUAAAUGAGGCUGAUAGAUUUGAUAAGGAUUUUGCUGUGAUUGACAAGUAAGUCAGAGAGUAGAACUAUGAUGUGAAGUUGUCGAAACUCAAUAAUUUGAGACAGGAGAGGUUUCAAAAAGAGUCUCUGCGCUGGGACCGUAUGGAGACCAAAGAAGAAUACGAAAAGACUCGAAUCACUGUCAAAGCAGAGGUAUUCUAGGCAGGCAAAAAGAACAAGGGUGGCGCUGCCUAUAACAUCGUGAACCAAGACUAUGAGCAAAACAGAGAUGGACAGAAGUUGAUGCAAGUAGACAAUGAUGCCAGAGUCAGAGCUCUUAUGAGAAGUAAGAAUCUAGAGCAGAAGAACAAUUCUGUAUUCAACAUUCUCACUGGAGAGAACAGAAGCAUGAUACAGGUCCCUCAUCACGAGAAGUACAACCCAAUCAGAACUGCUGGAAGUCAAAUGCUUAACGGUCCACCCAGAUCUUAACAAAGCUAAAUGGGAGGAAUACUCCCUGGAAUGAGUUAUUGA